CGUUUGAUCGUUCACUACGGUUCAUUCGCUCGCGCGAGUCAGUGAAAUGUGUGCCGGCAUCCUCGUUGAUUAUGUCUAUCGUUAAUUUUUAGUUUCAUAUAUCGCACUCACCACCACUGUGCGCGAGUGUUUUCAAGACUCUCAUAGCUGUCAAUUUGUUUCACAAAAUCCUUAUAAACUAACUCCUAUGAUCACUGAAGUUUUAAUUAGAAGAAGGUGGUGGUACGUUGAGGUCGAUUUAUGUAACUGAAGAAUGGAUUGUUUACGAGAUUUCAUUCAUUCAUCCAUAUUGAAAUAAGAGAAAAUCUUUCCAAAAGGGUGGUUCCAUCAUAACAGACGUAAUAAAAUGGCAUCGCUAAAGCUAUUAGUGGGUGGUGCAAGUGCCAUCGGUGCUAGUGCUCUUACUUCUUAUCUGUUAAUGACCGAUAAUACCGUACACGCGGAUGUACAGAAAUCACGACCAUCGAAAAGACCUUUGCCAACCAGGGAAGAUCAAGUGAAGGCGUUGAAGAAUCACGAAGAGUACGAUGUUCUUAUCGUCGGUGGUGGUGCGACUGGAGCUGGAUGUGCGUUAGAUGCAUGUACACGAGGUUUGAAGACGGCAUUAAUCGAGGCAGAUGAUUUUGCUUCUGGUACAUCCUCUAGGAGUACUAAACUUAUUCAUGGAGGAGUCCGUUACUUACAGAAGGCUAUACUACAACUGGAUGUAGAACAAUACAGAAUGGUCAAAGAAGCUUUGCAUGAACGAGCGUCUAUGUUACACAGCGCACCUCAUUUGGCUCAUCCUCUGCCUAUCAUGUUGCCUGUUUACACGUGGUGGCAAAUUCCCUACUACUGGUUUGGUAUAAAAAUGUAUGAUCUUGUUGCCGGAGGCAAGACAGUUAGAUCAUCGUACUUUCUCAGCAAGAGGGAUGCGCUAGAAUUGUUUCCCAUGCUGAAAGGAGAUAAACUCACAGGAGCUAUUGUUUACUAUGAUGGUCAACAGGAUGAUGCCAGAAUGAAUUUGGCAGUUGCACUAACUGCCUCACGACAUGGUGCCACAGUCGUAAAUCAUGUUAAAGUUGUUAAUCUCUUGAAAGGUCUCGAUAAGGAUGGUAAUCGGGUCCUUACUGGAGCUCGAGUGAAAGACGAACUUACGGGUGAACAAUGGGAUGUGAAGGCAAAGGCAAUAAUAAACGCAACGGGACCUUUCACCGACCAUAUCAGGAAAAUGGAUGACCAGAACGUUAAAGAAAUCUGCUGUCCCUCUUCUGGUGUUCAUAUUGUUCUUCCAGGCUAUUACAGCCCCGAUCAGAUGGGUUUAUUGGAUCCAUCAACGAGUGACGGCCGAGUGAUCUUUUUCUUACCCUGGCAGAAACAAACGAUCGCAGGAACGACUGAUUUACCCUGCGAAAUAACGCAUAAUCCACGACCCACUGAGGAUGAAAUUAUGUUCAUUUUACGUGAAGUGAAGAACUACCUCAAUCCGGACGUUGAAGUUCGUCGAGGGGAUGUCUUGUCCGCUUGGAGCGGAAUUAGACCUCUUGUCUCCGAUCCAAACAAACCAAAUACCCAGUCCCUUGCGAGAAAUCACAUUGUACAUGUCAGUCCCACGAAACUUAUCACGAUAGCUGGAGGAAAAUGGACAACGUACAGAGCGAUGGCUGAGGAAACUAUCGAUACAGCUAUCAAGGCCUGCGAUUUAAAGCCUGAAAGACCCUGUCAAACAAAUGGUUUUCUCCUCGAGGGAGCUCAUGGUUGGAGUCCAACAAUGUACAUCAGAUUAGUACAAGAUUUUGGCUUGGAAUGUGAGGUUGCGCAACAUAUGGCCAAGAGUUAUGGAGACCGUGCAUUUGCUGUAGCAAAAAUGGCUUCCCUUACUGGUAAAAGGUGGCCAAUUAUAGGCAAAAAGAUUCAUCCUGAAUUCCCAUAUAUCGACGCUGAGAUUCGAUAUGGAGUUCGUGAAUACGCGAGAACAGCAAUUGAUAUGAUUGCAAGACGAUUGAGAUUAGCCUUCUUAAACGUCCAAGCAGCACAAGAAGCUCUUCCGGUAAUUAUCGACAUUAUGGGAGAAGAAUUACAUUGGACACCGGAGGAAAAGAAAAGACAGCAUAAAGAGGCUAGUGACUUCCUCGCUAAUGAAAUGGGACAAAUGGUUAAUCGCGCGUCUCGUGACAAAAUUCCUAUCAACCUCACGAAGGAUGAAAUUCAGUUGUAUAUUAAACGUUUUGGAAUCAUCGAUAAAGACAACAAAGGCUAUGUUUCCAUUAACGACAUCAGACGGGGACUUAAGUUGUUUGGUGACAAGGAAGUGCCUGGUGAAGAGCUUCAUGAAAUACUACGCGAAAUCGACACUAAUAUGAAUGGUCAGGUCGAGUUGGACGAAUAUCUUCAGAUGAUGUCGGCCAUUAAAUCUGGACACGUGGCAUAUUCACGUUUUGCAAGGAUGGCAGAGAUGGAAGAGGCGCAACACGAGAAAGAUAUGCUGAAGAAACAGAUCAGUGUAGAGAGAUCAGGCGGUGGACUGUAGGAGGUUCAUUUUCUGUGGCAUUGUACAAUUUUUUGCACGCUUCUAAAAGCAAUUUACACGUUCAAAACACAGUUCUACGACAAAUUCAUUAUGACAAAAUCAUUGUUCACUCUGAACUUCAAUUGUAGCCCACUCUAGUACAAAUACUCUAGGAUUACUACUUUGUAGACCUAUUUAUCUUUUUUCGUACUUUAUACAACGACUUUCUACCUUCGUUGCAGUUAGCUUGCAAGCUCAAAAUGAACGAGAUGAAGAUAAGAGGGAAGAUUUUAAGCGCGUAAAUGUACAUUAAUUAUGGCUGCGCUGAAUCUUAACUAUUUUAAAGAUCAACUUCGGAAAAGGACACGACCAUAACAACAAUUUCAAUUUUAAUAUGUAAAUAUUUUUAUGUACAGUGUUUCAGUUUUCAUUAAGGAAUAGAACAGAUAUGUUCUAAUCUGUAUAUAAGUCUUUAAAUGCAUCAAUAUGAUUAAGAAACGUAUUUAUGACUAGGUAUGUCAUUGUAUACUGAGUUGGUACAAUUUUUAGAAAAUUAUAUACUUACACGAACGUUGAGCAUUUUAAAUGCCAUAAUCAUUGAACUUAUGCUUUCAUAAUUACAAAGUUGAUGUUACAGAAAAUAAAUUCUAGUUUAACGCAAUUAGAAAAUGCAGUUUGGUAUAAAGAAAUACAUGAUGUUAUUUUAAGUUUGUUACUUUAGACUCGCUGUAACAAAAUCGUCAAGCAUGUAUUGUGAAUAAUUCCCUGUUUAGGUACACAUUACAUGUGACAUAAUCAUACACGCCAUUGGAUUGUAAGCUCGAUAUUAUUUUUAGAACUCUUGAAGAAUUUAUUUAUAAAUUACGUUAAUUGCUAAUGUAUAUUAGUAAACAGUCUAUAUGUAGAUUAUCUGAUUACUUAAAUGUAACUACUUAUUUAAUUUAUUGUUACUAACAUCAUGCAAUUACGACAUACGGUUGAUGUUAGAGAUUAAUUUAUUUCACUUGUCAUUAUCAUUGACUUAAUAAAAGCCAUAUUGGACUUA